AUGGCUUCUUUCCUGCAGUCUCUGCCGGUCUGCUCGGCUGUUCGCAAGCAGUCGACAGCAGCUCCUCUCUAUCUCAAUGCUUCACAGUUCAUCGCUUCGUCAAGGACAUGUAGCUCUUUCUCCACAUUAUCCUCGCAAUCUAGAUUGGUCCAGUCUCACCGGAAAGAUGGUGGCAGGGAAGAGAGGAAAAUUUCUGAGUCGUGGAGACCAGUUGAGAAGAAGCACGUCUUACUGAUUGAUGAUCCUCCAGAUCGCGCAUUGAAAUCUGCCCACUCCUCCAACUCACGGUUUCCUACCCAGCAGCGCCGGACAUUCCUGGUUCAGCUCAAGCGGCAAUCCCAGACUCUGAAAGAGACUCCUACAUCGACAGGGGCCGUCCCUCCCCCGGGUGCCAAACUCCAGCUCACAAAUCUCCCCUAUUUUAUCCGUCGUACAGCCUCGAACCAGCUCCCUGUAUACCUUGUCACAAAAGCCGGUGGUACCAAGCAGCAAACGAAGAUCCAGAAGACGGAAGGUGAUCUUGACGCCUUGAGAAGCGAUCUCGCUCGGUAUCUCGGACUCGAAAGCAGCGAUCCUCGCGCACCCAAAAGCCCCGACGUUACGAUCAACCGCCUCAAUGGCCAUAUUGUCGUUAAGGGCUGGCGGAAACCCGAAAUCACCAAGUUCCUCCUAGAGCGUAACUUCUAA